AUGGUUGGAUACAACUCAUUCCUUGGUAACGUCUCCGCCAUCUCAUCACUUGCAUGGGCAUGUUCUGGAAUUGUGUUCGCUGCCGCUUCACUUAAUAACUCGGAUUUCACUGCAACCGCCGGACAACAAUUUGGAUUGUACAUUGGCGUGUUGGUUGUAUGUGGUGCAUUUUGCGCUUAUGGCACCGAGAUCUUCGCGAGACUUCAGACGCCAAGCGUUGUAUUGAACGUCAUACUUGCCCUCGUUACAAUUAUUGGUUUGCCUAUCGCGAAACGACACGAACUGAACACCGCUGCGUUCACUUUCGGAGGAUUCGUUAAUCUCACCAGCUGGCCGAGUGGAUUCUCAUUCCUCUUAUCUUUCCUCGCUCCUGUAUGGACAAUCUGCAGUUUCGACUGCGCCGUGUCACUCAGUGAAGAAGCUACCAACGCUGCUACUGCUGUACCUCAAGCGAUUGUCGGUGCCAUAGGCAGUGCUGGUAUUUUAGGAACAGUCAUCCUGGUCAUUCUCGCGCUUUGCAUGGGUCCGGAUGUUGCUGCGGUGAAUGACGAUGCUUUGGGACAACCCUUGGCGUACAUCUAUCUGCAUGCUUUUGGUCAAAAGGGAUCCCUAGUGAUAUGGUCCUUCAUGUGUAUUGCUCGCUGUGCCGUCCCGCUUGGAGCAUUGUGUUUUGCCGAUCCUAUCAAUUAUUCAGCGAUUAAGUGA